AAAAUAGAUUUACUGGUAGUAAGUAAGAUACCAAAAGUUCGGAAAUUGACACCUAGCCCAUUUUGUGUAAUCGGUGUUGAAAGCCGGUACUAUUUUUCAGUGAGGCGCAGUGAUAUCUAGUGGGGAGUGGCGCGGUUUUGGUCACAUGGACCAAUCAGGUAGCAGCUUUAUUCUAACAACAUACCUGCUAUGGCGACGACAACAUCCGAGAGUGAAGAGGAACGAAAGACCUCAAAAGUUAGAAAAAAAGUGCGUAAAGAGGAAAAUAAAAGAUGCUAUAUGCAUCUUUCAUCUGUGAACAAUGAGGACGUCCAGCACUUCACUCGGACACGGUGGGACACAUACAGAAACUAUUUAAAACAGUGGCUUUGUCUGCAAGACCAGAACAAGCAUCUGGCAGAAAUCUAUAAACAUUGCUCGGAUGUAGAUUUUGACGCUAUUCCUGACGUCGCUGGGUUUCACGCAACAUGCUACCGACGUUUUACAGAUAAAUCUGCAUUGUUUUAUGCCGAGAAAAGGACCGCACGGGCGGUGGGAGAACCAUCUGCAGCCGCAGGUUUGCCCGUUGCUUCUGCCGGCCCCGUCCUGCCAGCCAUCUGUAUAAUUUGUCAAAAAGUGGAAAAGUACACUCGUGUGGGAGGAAAACGCCAGAGGGAUCAACUCACACAAGCAGAAACCGUGUCGGCAGGCCAGUUGCUGAAGGCAGCUGAGAUUAAGAAAGAUGCUGCCAUUCUUCUGCACAUCAACGACAAAGACUGUGUUGCUAUAGAGGUCCGGUACCAUAGGACACUGCAAAAGGGCAAACUACCAAGCAGCAGUAAUGCGACAUUCCCUGACUGCGAUGGCGGCGUGAUGGCGUUUGGGAGCGCGGCCAAGUUGGAGAACUUUGCUCUGGUUCUUGAAGAGAGCAAGCGACACCACAAAGUCUCUCCAUCUUCACCGUUGGUGUGGCCCACACCUUCAAAGAGCCUCCCUCCCCGCUACGCGUCCGCUGGGACUUCGUUUGACGACGACGGCCAUGAGGAGGAGAGCCUCUCGCCGGCAAUAACGCUCACGCGGUGGUGA